AUGUCAACAAUCGGCACAACAGCAAUACAAACAACUACAGCACCAAACUCUUUAGUCAUGAAUCCUACGUCAAUGUUAGUAGAAAUGAAAAGCUUCAUUCCUUCUUCAUAUACUUUUGAAACAGAAAUCCAGAAGAUAAAGCAAGAACUUUUAACAAGUAAUUUAGACUGUAGUGCGAAAGAUGAAACAAAUGAACAGUAUCUUUAUGAAAUGCAGGACAUUAUUGACCAUUUACCCAAAUUGCCUGAAAUCCAACAACAAAAACUCACUAUUCCUGAAUUCGACGAAAUAGAAGUCAAAGCAACUGACUCAGUAGAAAUAAAGAAGUUCAUUCGUAAGGUAAACUAUGAGUUUCUAGGAUUUCAUUGCAACCAUAAGGUUAUGGAAAAAGAUUGCGACAUGGUAUAUAAGAACAUCUCUGACAUAUAUAAAUCUGAAGAAUUUAAGACCUACGACAACUUUGUUUCGUUAGUUGCUGAAUGUGUAUGGCAGAUAAGAGAUAAAGAUAGAAGAGGCAAAGUAUGGAACAAACAAAUAAGACCCGCUAUGUUUGAGAUGAAGAGAGCAAUUGACGCUUUAGUUGUUUUAGCAGGUAAGGUUUCAGAAUAUAACGCAAAGAUGAAUCCGC